CAAAGUCACAGCUCUCAUCCUGCACACUGGCACCGCAGUUGUGUAUUCUCGAAGAUGAGCUACAGCAUGGAAUAUCUCACGAGCUCUCCGCAUAGGAGGGCACGAGGUGACUUCCUCCGAUUACAGCCUAAAAACCUCGGAUCGUCCUCUACAGGGAUGCCGUUUUCCAGGAGCUCUCUCAGCAGUGGGUCGUCUGCGUCAUUCAAACAGAGCAGUCUGAUGCUUAAAAAAGAGUACAGGUCUCCUGUUCUUAGAUCCACUGAUAGCACAGACCUUGUAAACCAGUUUAAAGUGCCGAAUAUAAACGAGAAGCAGCUUCUCCAGGGGCUUAACGACCGCUUUGCAGGCUUUAUCGAAAAGGUUCGUCAUCUUGAAAGCCAGAACAACAUUUUGGUAAAUGAGAUUCAAGAACUGAGGCAAAAGCAAGUUUCCCUGUCCUCUCUGUCUGAAGUUUACGAUCCUGAAAUCAAAGAUCUAAGAGAGCUUGUCAGUACAAUUACCUCUCAAAAGGCUCAGAUUGAGCUCGAGCAUCAUCAUUUGGAGGAAGAUAUUCACCUUUUGAGGGGGAGAUAUGAAGAGGAAGCUCGCAGUAGAUCAGACACUGAGGCCAUCAUUAUGACAUUGAAGAAAGAUAUUAAUGACGCACACCUCUCCAAAGUGGAACUGGACAAAAAAGCUCACUCUCUGAUGGAAGAAAUACUUUUCUUAAAGAAAACCCACCAAGAAGAGGUAUCAGAAAUAAUGGCCCAAAUCCACGAUGCGCAAGUUACUGUCGAUCUGAAAGACUUUGGAAAGCCAGACAUCACAGCGGCUUUGAGGGAAAUCAGAAGUCAGCUUGAAGAUCACACCAAUACCAACAUGCAACAAGCAGAGGAAUGUUUCAGGGCCAGGGUAGCUAAACUGACAAAAGCAGCUGAAGAGAAUAAUGAAGCACUCCAAGUCAGAAGAGAACACAUCCACGAGCACGGACGCCAACUGCAGUCAAAAACCAUAGAGCUGGAAACAGUUAAAUGCACCAGGGAAUCUUUAGAGAAGCAACUCAAUGCGCUUGAAGAGAGGCACGAUGCGGAAAUCAGUCAUUACCAGGAUGCUAUCCAACAACUGGAGCAUGAGCUUAAACACACACAGUAUGAUAUGUCUGGCCACCUGAGGGGGUACCAGGAUCUUCUGAAUGUCAAAAUGGCCCUAGAUGUGGAGAUUGCAUCCUACAGGAAACUUUUGGAAGGUGAGGAAACAAGAUUUUCUUCAGUUGCUGCAGGUCAUGUUCCAGCACCACAUGAGUACAGACAAUCCUCUGUCUACACUCUGCCAAGUUUCACAAGGCAGAAAACUGCCACUAAGAAGGUGGAGCCACAGUACAAGUUUGUUGAGGAGACCAUCACAGAAACAACCAAAGAAGUGGAGAUUGAUGACACUGAUAUAGAGGAAAUAAUGAGUGAAGAAGAAAGGAUGGAAAAGGAGAGUCCAAAGGUUGAGGUGGAAACAACAACUGACAUUGGAGAGGCUCAAGAGGAUGGAGAGGAAGUGGGCAAUGUAGAAGCAGAGAAACACAAUGAAGAUGAACAAGAAGAGACCUCAGCUGAACCUGGGUAUGAGGAGGAAAUUGCAGUUAAAAAAGGUGACGAAGAAGCAAUUGAAGCUGAAGCUGCAUCCGAAGCUGUAGAAGAGACAGAAACCUUCCAAGAUGAUGUGGUUCACGCAGAAGACAUCAAGGAUAAGAAAGAAGUAAAAGAAGAGAGCACUGAUCAAGUAGAAACCUUUGAAGAAGUGCAGAAAACUAUCGUGGAAAAAACCACAAAGCAACCUACAGAUGUAGCAGAAACAGAAAUAGAAGAGGCACCAGAAGAUGAACCUUUCAGAGAACCAAAAUCACUACCCAGUGAAAUGACACCAGAAAUAGAUGAAAGUGAAGAGACAAAAAAAGAACAGACUUCAGAUGACAAAACCAAAGAAAAACAAGUAGAAAAAACAGAAGACCAAAAAGAGGAGAGUUCUAUAACAAAGAAAGAGGAAGAUAAACCUGAAGAGAAAAGUGUCACUGCAGAGAAGGAGGAAAUUAAGCCAGAAGAGAAAAGCCCUCUUGAGGAAAAGACAGCAGAGAAAGCAAUCCAUGAACACACUGAGAAACAAGAUACUAUGGAACCGAAGGAGAUGACCAGUCCAUUGGAAUCAGAAGAAGAACCUGGCAAAACUGAAGAUAAAAUAACCACAGAUGUCAAAGUGGAAUCCCAUGAUAUUCAGAAAGAGGAGGUGGUGAGGCAGUCAAAAUCAGAAGAAGAGGGUGCUUCAGAACCUGAGAAGACUGAGGAGAAAACAACCUCAGAUACUGAAGCAGCACAAGAAGACAUUCCAGAAGAGGAGACUGUAAGUGAAUUAAAAUCUGAAGAAAAAGAGACUUCAAAACCUGAGAAGAUUGAAGAGAAAACAACCCCAGAUAUUGAAGCAGCACAAGAAGACAUUCCAAAAGAGGAGACUGUGAGUGAAUUAAAAUCAGAAGAACAGUAUUCAGAACCUAACAAAACUGAAGAUAAAAUAACCACAGAUGUUAAAGUGGAAUCCAAGGAUAUUCUGAAAGAGGUGGUAGGUCAAUCAAAAUUAGACCAACAGCAAUCAGAAGAUGUUGCUUCGAAGCCUGGCACACCUGAAGAGAAAAUAACCCCAGAUAUUGACGCAGCACAAGAAGACAGUCCAAAAGAGGAGACUGUGCAUGAAUUAAAAUCAGAAAAAGAGGAGAAUUCAGAACCUGAGAAAACUGUACAGGUAACCACAGAUGUCAAAUUGGAACCCAAGGACCUUAUUAAAGAGGUGGUCACCCAAACAAAAUCUGAAGAAAUGGAUGCUUCAAAACCACACACAUCUGAAGAGAAAGCAGAGGAUCUUCAGAAAGAGGAGUCGAUGAGCCAACAACAAUCAGAAGAUGUUGCUUCGAAGCCUGGCACACCUGAAGAGAAAACAACCCCAGAUAUCAAAGCAGAAGAAGAUGCGAAACAGGAAACUUUGAGUGAAUUAAAGACAGCAGAAAAGGAAACUUUGAAACCUGGAAAGACUGAAAUUAAAGUAUUCACAGAUGACAAGGUGGAUGUUAAAGACCCUCCAAAUAAGGAGACAGUAAGUCAAUUGAUACUAGAAGAUGUUCUGAAGUCUGUCAAACCAGAAGAGAAAGAAUCAACAGACAUCAAAGUAGAAGUCAAAGAUCUUCUGAAAGAGGAGACCGUGAGCCUGGAGAAAUCAGAAGAAAAUGUUUCUCUGAAGUCUGAUAAACCUGAAGAGACAGCAACCACAGAAGUCAAAGUAGAAACCAAGGAAAUUCAAAAAGAGGAGAUGGUUAGUGAAGUGAAAUCAGUAGAUGUUGCUCUGACAUCUGACAAACCCAAAGAGAAAGCAACCCCAGAAGAUGAAGAGUUAAAAGCAUACAAAGUUAUAGAAGAAGGGGAAAAAUCUAAUUCAGAAGACCAAAAGCCUGAAUUAACACUGUCUCCAAAAGAGGAAAAGAUAGAGGACGGCAUUACAGUACUAAGUGAAGGAAAAGAUGAAUCACUUUCCAAGAAAGACUACCAAUCUACAGAGGAUACAGAGGAGGCAAGACAGUUAAAAUCUGAGCUGAAGGAGUGCACAGAAACUCACACUAACUUGGAAACAAAACCACAAGAGAUGUCUCCAGAAAAGGCAAAACCUGCUGACAGCGAGUCAGAGGAGACAGAGUUGCUUCCACAAAAAAAGAAAGUACAAGAAUGUCCAGAGAGCCCAGAUACUGAAGCAGAUGAAAAGAAGAUCAGUGAUUCCAAAGAAAAAAAAAUAGUGGAGGAGGAAGUGCAAUCUCCAAAGGAAACCCGUGUAAAAGAGGGCAAACUCUUGAUAGAUGAUGUGGAGGAAAAGAUAGAGCCAGAGAAAAAGGUGACAGAAGGAAAAGUCACAUCCACAACACAAGAGAAUGGCCUUGAUGAAAGUGAAGACUUAAGCAAGGAGGAGACAAUCGACUCAGAGGAGACAAAAGUGCCUGCAAAGGAGAGUCAGGUAGAAAAGACAAAAGCAACACAAGAAGAAAUCAAAACCUCUAAAAAUGAUACAAUGCAAGAUAUUGACAAAAAGUAAUAUGCAAAAACAGUUAAAAAUAGAAUAAAAAAUUCAUGUGACAAGCUAUUCUUUCAGGGUCUAAGCAAUGUGGCAAAAUGAAUGUAUUUAUGUGUUAAAGAAAAACAAAAGUCUUCGAAGAAAACAUUAACAAAAUAAAAUUCUUAAUGCAUAAAAUUGUGUAAUGUACUGAACAGACAGUCAGCCUUGCUAGAUUUGAAUGUACAGUGCUAUGUAGUUAAAUUUGAACUUUAAAUUAGUCUUAAUAGGCUGUCAAGCUUUGCAAAUUUGAAUGAACGGAGCUAUGUAAUUAAAUUUGAAUGCGUUCUAGCUCUGCAUUGAUUGUCUGAAACACUUGAGUGUAGCAAUGUCCAUGAAUGAUAUCUACAAUAAUGCUUUCUGGAUAUAUGAAUAAA